UGCCUCCCUAUCGACUGCCUAGCUUCCAGCCAGUCCUUUCAGCUUCUUUCCUGAUUUUUUUCUUUUCGCUAUCUGCGCAACCACGCAUCCAGGAGACACACAACGACCACCACAUCCAUCACCUUGGCCAAGGGGUGCCACACACUUAGUGUGCCCAGUCGGCCCCCAAGCCAAUCCGAUUUUCAACUGGCAAAGCCACCAGCGAAGAGAAGCCGAGAAGGAGAAUACAACCGCCCACCCCCUUUCCCGUCUGUUCACACACCACACUCACAAUGGCCUUCUUUCCAUGUUCGACCCCCCCCCCCCCCCCCCCCCUGGGCGGCCAACCCUCGCUCGGAUGCCUCGCUUCUGAAUGGUCCAAAGUAAAAUAAGCCGGUUCGUGAAAUGCAAGAGAGAAUAAAAAGUCGCGGCGCCUGUCCAGCCAUGAAUAGCGCCCAUCUUAGCAGGGGACCAGGGGUACGGGGGGGAAGAAAGAGGCGGCGUGUGCUCUCUUCGCCUUCCCGGUCCAGCUCCCCUUCUCAUCUCCAGGCCCAGGAGAUGUGAUGCUCCACCCGUCCUGGGCAAAGGUACCGUCCCUGAACCGUCCCAUCCAUUACUGCAAGGCAAAGUGGCACGCCCACAAGUCGGCACUAACGCCCUGAGUCUGCGGAUAGAGAGUCCACCAUCCAUCCCAGUCCCCAUGUCGUGUUGCGUCCAUCUCUGUAUAUAAAUCCAUUUCCUCCGGCCCCUUCCACCUGUUGUUUCCCUCCCUCUCCUCACCCACACUCACUCACUCAUUACCGACCCAGACUUUUUAGUCGCUUUCAUUCGUUAAACCCAACCCAGCUAAUCGUCAACUCGCAACCACAAUUCUCUCGAGUCUUAAUAAGCAAACACCCUCCAAACCGUCAAAAUGAAGUUCUCCGCUGCUGCCCUUGUCCUCGCCGCCGGCGCCAUGGCCCACAAGAACGUCACCUACGUUACUGAGGUCGUCUCUUCGUACACCACCUACUGCCCUGGUCCCACUGUCAUCACCCACGCUGACAAGACCUACACCAUCACCUCGGCCACCACCCUGACCAUCACCGACUGCCCUUGCACUGUCACCAAGCCCAUCAUCACCUCCUCUGUGGUCAAGUGCGACAACUGCGUUCACCCCACCAAGAACGCCACCCUCCCCGUCGCUACCCCCCCUGUCAGCAAGACCACCAUUGCCGGCACCGCCGCUAUCACCCCCACCAAGCCCAUCUCGGUCCCCACCGCCGGUGCCGGCAAGGCCGCCGCCCUCUCCGGUGCUGGCUUGGCCGGUGUCCUCGGUCUCGCUGCUUUCGUUCUCUAAAUCAACCAUUUUCACGUCUCGCUAUCCACGUCUCCCCCUGCGAUCUUGGACAUACGAUAAUCUCGUGAUUCGUGGGAGCCUACGACACCUUAUGACUGGAGCGCGGUUGUGAAACAUCCAACCAACUGGGUGGAUGGGUUUUUUUUUUGUUCAUGCUACGGACGGGAGUUUGGGGGAGUGAAGUCUCUCCACAGACUGAGCUUGGGAGGACCAAAAACGACGGAGCGAAGCAACGCGCCCACGGAAGAAUACCCGGUACAUUUUCUUGCCUGCAUGGCGCCAUGGAGUGCCUCCCUUGAGGCACGGCCAAGCCAUCGCAGCUCACACAACCCUGUCGAUACUGCAACUUCAUGUACUUGCUUUACAGGCCCUACAAACGGUUCUUGGCUACGGUACUCCGUCCAUCGCCCACGAGGAGCAUUUCCCCAUGCGGCGGUAUAUACCACUUUUUUCUCGGGGGGCUUAACGGGAAUAUAAUGCGACCAUGAUAGGUUAUUCUGUUGUAUUUGUUCCCCCUCACGGCAGAUGACUUGUUGACAAAGUCCCAAUUUCACUUAUAUUCUUCUCCCGACCGAAGCGCACACAUUUUUGCUUCUGUGUAUGUUCGCCCGUCACAGCCAAAGAUUCUACCAUCUGUCCUUGUGCACAUUCUCGUCAUGUCGAUUAGGCUGACGUUGCGGGCGAGCAUCCUAAGCCCUGGCUCUUUCGAAGGAGACGAGCAAACUUGCUGAAUGUUUUAUGGUCUUUUGUCACACCAAUGUCUUUCCGUAGAAGCACUCUGGAAUAUGGAAACAUUGCCGAGAGACCAGGUUUGGUACAGCAACCAAACACUCUCUGUUCAACGUAAUAUGCGUGAAGAUGAUGAUUCCCCCUUCCCACUGUCAAUUCCGGAUACUUUGCAGAUGUCGUAGUCCGCGACCUUUCC